AUGCGGGUGCCACAUGAUUAUAUGUCUGAUACUUUUUAUGAGAAUUUAAAAUUAAAUUAUAAUAUCUUAAAAACAAAAUACACAAUUUAUACACGUAUCUCUCGCUCUGAAAUCUCCUACUUGUUUCCAUUGAAGACCGGCGGCCAAAAGUUUAUUCGCCUUUACUUUUACCCAUUUUCCUACGAACCCAACUUCCUUCGGUCCGACACGUUCUUCUCCGUCAGAGUUGGAUCUCACACUCUUUUGAAAGACUUUAAUGCUUCAAUCACCGCUGAUGACGCUGGCGAAGAAACCAUUGUACGAGAGUACUGCCUCAAUAUAUAUGGACCCAGUGAGGGGCUUAUGAUAACCUUCACGCCCAACCCAUCUCAUCAAAACGCUUAUGCUUUCGUCAAUGGUAUUGAGGCUGUCUCUAUGCUCGCCUUUCUUUAUUACACAGACCCAAAAAAUCUGCAAGGGAUGAUGCUAGAUGGUGGAAACCUGCAGUAUCCAGUUCAGAGCAGCACUGCUCUGGAGACUAUUUACAGAGCUAAUGUUGGCGGAAGUCAGAUCGGUUCCGAUGAAGACACAGGCAUGUUUCGUUAUUGGGAGCAGGAUAAUGCAUACUUGGAGCGGGAGCGCCCAUUUAGUGUAUCCGCAGGUUUUCGUUUGCAGAUAGAUCACACAAAUUAUCCAAAUUAUACUGCACCAGGUAAAGUAUACCUGACUGCUCGAAACGAUGGGGUGAAGGAAAAGUCCAGAUUUAACGUGACCUGGCAGUUUCCAGUGGACUCAGCGUUUCAUUAUAUGGUGAGAUUGCAUUUUUGUGAGUUUGAUGAAAAAAUUCGCAACACUGGGGACAGAGUUUUUCAAAUCUUCAUAAAUGAUGCUUUGGUAGAGCAUCUCGCCGAUGUGAUGAUGUGGACUCAGAAAUUAUUAGUUCCUAUCCACAAGGACUACGCGGUGUGGAUGCCGGGUGACGGAAGGUUAAAGAAGCUGAAUCUUUCAAUUAAGUUGCAACCACACCCAACUGGGAGAAGCACUUAUAGAGAUGUCUUAUUGAAUGGCAUCGAAAUUCUUAAAGUAAGUGACUUUAGAAACAGCGUCGCAAGUUCCAAUCCCGAUCCACCUCUUUCUCCCCCAUUGCUUCCGAAGGCUCCUAACAAGAACCCACCAAAAAUGAGACUCACUUCUAUAAUUGUGGGGUCAACUUUCGGCUUCAUUGUGCUAUCUCUCAUCAUUUUGCUGGCUUACUGUCCAUUGGCUAGAGCUGUAACCAAUCAAGGAAAUCCACAGUUGGGACCAAAAUCAUUGUUGACGUCAAAAACAAUCAAAUCCUCAGUGUUGCCAUAUGAUUUAUGUCGUUACUUCUCAAUAAUCGUGGUAAGAGCAGCCACUAAUAAUUUCCAUGAUAGUUUAAUUAUAGGCGUUGGAGGGUUUGGUAAUGUCUAUAAAGGUCACAUUGAGAACGGUUCAGUUCCUGUGGCAAUCAAGCGUCUCAAACAAGGUUCACAACAGGGGCUUAAAGAGUUCGAAACUGAGAUUGAAAUGCUUUCUCAACUUCGUCACCAUCAUUUGGUAUCUCUCAUUGGUUACUGCAAUGAUGACAAUGAGAUGAUCCUCAUCUAUGAGUUCAUGGCUCGUGGGACCUUUCGUGAGCAUCUUUAUGAUUCUGAAAACAAACCACUUUCUUGGAAUCAAAGGCUGGAGAUUUGCCUAGGUGCUGGACGAGGGCUUCAUUAUCUACAUACAGGUGCAAAGCAAGCAAUUAUUCAUCGUGACAUCAAGUCGAAAAACAUCUUAGUAGAUGAGAAUUGGAUGGCCAAGAUUUCGGACUCUGAACUGUCCAAACUGGGACCUGGGGGUAUUUCUAGAUCUAACAUUAACAUAAGCACAUUAGUGAAAGGAAGCAUUGGUUAUAUGGAUCAAGAAUACUACACAUUGCAAAUCUCGACGGAUAAGUCAGACGUAUUCUCAUUUGGAGUUGUGUUGCUAAAGGCAUUAUGUGGAAGGCCUCCUAUUCUCCGUGCAGUGGACAGGGAGUGGCAAAACCUUGUAGACUGGUUUCAAAGAUUUGUUGAUCAGAAUGCCAUUUAUGAGAAUGUGGAUUCAUUCAUCAGAGAAAGUAUAACGCCGAAGUGCUUAAAAGCAUACACUGAGAUUGCAUUGAAAUGUGUAGCUAAAAAUGGGAAUGAACAGCCAUCCAUGGGUGAUGUGAUGCUAGGCCUAGAAUGUUUAAUGGAGACAAUGGACAAAGCAGAGAAGACAAAGCCUGGUGGGACUCUAAAUGGGGACAUUAUUGUUGAAGAAGGAUCAGCAUUCAAUGGGUGAUGGACGUACCAGUUUUAACCUUUUUUUUUUUGGUUGAUAGUACAAGUUGAAGCUUUUAAAUCAAUGUACAUAGAUAUGAAACUCGUAAAUAAGUACAUACAAUUUUGCAUUCACCACUUUGUCGUUCAUCAAUUUUCAAGUUAUUAAUUGCAUGCACGAUUAUUAUACAGAAAAA